AUGUUUUCCACACCCUUCCUCAAGAACAUCGCCAUCGUAGGCGCAGGUGGCAACAUCGGCAGCGUCAUCGUCAAAGCCUUGCUCACUAAAGGUCAACAUAUAAUCACAGCCAUCACCCGUCCGGACAGCACAUCAACCCUUCACCCGGGCAUCCACCACAUCAAGAAAGUCGACCUAGCCAACCACACCUCCCUCGUCUCCGCCCUCAAAGACCAAGACAUCCUAAUCAUCAGCCUCAACGUCAUGGCCGCCCCAUCCACCCAAACCGAUCUGAUCAAUGCCGCCGCCGAAGCAGGCGUGAGAUAUAUCAUCCCCAAUGAAUACGGCGGUAACUAUUCCGACGCAGCAUUCGGCGAGAGCGUUGGUCUCGGCGGCAAAGCUCUCGCUAUUCGCAAACAUAUCGAGGAGAAAGGCAUGAAAUGGAUAGCCAUCUGCUGUGGCUUCUGGUACGAAUUCAGUCUUUCUGGUGCUGAACUACGUUAUGGAUUUGAUUUUCCAGGGAGGAAGUUUACGAUGUUCGGGGAUGGGGAGCAGAAGAUUACGACUUCUACUUGGCCGCAGGUUGGGCGGGCGGUGGCGGCUGUUUUGUCUUUGCCGGAGAAGUCGGGAAGGGAUGGGGAAACUGCGCCGUCGGUUGAGAAGUACGGGAAUACUCAGGUCGUCGUCGCUUCGUUCCGGGUCAACCAGAAGGAUAUGUUCGCUUCUGUGCUCCGUGUUGCCGGGACCAAGGAGUCCGAUUGGACGAUCAGUCAUGAGGAUGUCGAGGCGAGGUAUAAGAGGGGCAGGGAGAUGAUGAUGAAGGGGGAUAUGGUUGGGUUUGGGAUCCAGUUGUAUUCGAGGUCUUUCUUCCCGGAUGGGAAGGCGGAUAAUUUUGAGAUGUUGCAGAAUGAAGAAUUGGGGUUGCCGUGGCAGGAGGAUUUGGAUGAGGCGACGAGGGUGGCGGUGGGGUAUUCGGAGAGUGGGAAGAACAAAGCUUGGACUAUGGGCCAGUGA